UAUAGUAGCUCUUAUAACUUAUAAUUUAUGACUUUAUCCUGUAUAAAAGGUUAUUUGAAUGUCAGAUUAGUAGAUCGGCUUGUUACUGUGUAGUGUUGUUUGUACAUACUUCUUACAGUACUUGGGAACAAUUGUUACAGACUAUUUAUUUUAAGUUAUGGCUCUUCGUUGGGGUGUAGCAGGUGCUGGAAAAAUAUCCCAUGACUUUGUUACAGCUUUGGGAAUAUUGCCAGCAUCCGAACAUGUGGUUGUUGCAAUAGCAGCACGAGACCUAUCAAGGGCACAAAAAUUUGCUAGCUUGCACAAAAUUAAAAAGGCAUACGAUAGUUAUGCGAAGGUAGCCGAGGAUAAAGAAGUUGAUAUUGUAUACAUCGGAACGUUGAAUCCUCAACAUUUUGAGAUUGCAAAAUUGAUGUUGAAUCAUGGAAAACACGUUCUCUGUGAGAAACCUUUGACUAUGAAUUUGAAACAAACAACCGAGUUAAUUAAAUUCGCAAGGAGCAAAAAAUUGUUCCUUAUGGAAGCUAUCUGGAGUAGAUGCUUCCCCACAUAUGAAGCUAUAAAGAAGGAGAUUGAUUCGGGAAGCAUUGGAGAUAUUCAUCAAGUUAUCGUAUCUUUCGGAUUUAAACUGUCAGACGUUGAAAGAGUUAACGCAAAAAGUCUAGGAGGUGGUACUGUAUUAGACUUGGGUGUAUAUGGAAUACAACUCGCCUGUUUGGUGUUUAACCACGAUGUUCCGCAUACUGUUCGAGCUGCUGGCACGUUAAAUGAAGAAGGAGUUGAUCAAUCUGUAUCUGCGACCUUUGUGUAUAGUGGAAAUCGCACUGCAACUAUCGUUACGCAUUCCUUAAUUAAUUUACCUAAUGAAGCUUAUAUUCUUGGUACAAAGGGAAUGAUAAAGGUACCACAGUUUUGGUGCCCUGCAACUGUAGAACUACCGAGCGGCACUGUCCAUGCUCCACUUCCGGAAGCAGCACAUCCAUUUAAUUUUAUCAACAGUGCUGGAUUGAGAUUCGAAGCUGAGGAAGCUCGUAACUGCAUUUUAAAAGGUUUAAUUGAAAGUCCCAAAGUACCUCAUGAUGCUUCUUUAUUGAUUGCAAAAUUAGAAGAUGAGAUCCGACGAGAAGUUGGAGUUGUUUAUCCUGAAGAUUAAAAAA